AUGAGUCACAAUAAGGAACCACUACCGGUGCUAGUCAGAAGGACUUCCGGUGAUGAAAUCAGAAACUUGGCCUUGGCCUCAGUCUCCAGCGACCUCUUGUCAGCAUUUGGCUCCGACAUUGUUGAUGAUAAUCGCCUAAACCUUAGAAAAUAUGUUAUCGCUCCCUCUGAUCAUAGAUAUCGGCUGUGGCAGACAUUCCUUGUUGCAUUGGUGGUAUACUCAGCAUGGGCAUCUCCGUUCGAGCUGGCUUUCACAGAAGUGGCUGUUGGGUCAUUGUGGCCCGUUGAUCUACUCGUCGAUGCCUUCUUCGCCGUUGAUAUAGUCCUAACUUUCUUUGUAGCUUACUUGGACAAAUCAACCUAUCUCCUCGUUGAUGACCACAAGAAGAUCGCCAUCAGGUACAUGAGAAAGUUUCAUUUUCCCAUGGACGUGGCAGCAACUCUGCCAUUUCUGCAGAUAUACCAAAUCCAAAAGGGCAGAACAUAUGAAGGCGAAGUCUUUGGUUUCCUAAAUAUGCUCAGGCUUUGGCGAUUAAGGCGUGUUAGCCAACUUUUUGCAAGGCUAGAGAAAGACAUACGAAUUAGUUACUCGGCCACAAGAUUUUGCAAACUUAUAUGCGCAACGCUAUUUGUAGUGCACUUCGCAGCCUGCAUGUAUUAUUGGAUGGCUGCCCACAACAAGACACCUGAGAACACGUGGAUUGGGAAGCCGGUGCACGAUUUCGAAUACAGGAGCGUCUGGCUGAGAUACAAGUAUGCCAUGUAUUGGUCUAUGGUCACUCUUACCACUGUAGGCUACGGGGAUUUUUAUGCUGUGAAUAUGGGCGAGAAAAUCUUCACUAUUUUAUAUAUGCUAUUUAACAUCGGCUUCAGUGCAUAUAUAAUUGGAAACAUAACAACUCUGGUCGUCCGGGUCACUGUCCGAACUUAUACCAUGAGGGAUGCCAUCAAUCAAGCACUAACAUACGCAAGCAAAAAUAGACUCCCAAAAGGCUUGAAAGAGCAAAUGCUAUCACACAUUCAUUUGAAGUUUAAAACAGAAGAGGUACAGCAAGAAAGGGUACUACAGGAACUGCCCAAGUGUAUUAGGUUGAGUAUUGCUCAGCAUCUUUUCCGGGAAAUAGUUGAAAGUGCAUAUUUAUUUAAAGGAGUCUCUGAUCAUUUUAUCACCCAACUGGUGUCAGAAAUCAAAGCAGAAUAUUACCCACCUAAGGUUGACAUUAUCUUGCAAAACGAGAUGCCGUCAUAUUUCUAUAUUUUGGCAUCUGGAGCAGUGGAUGUAAUAAUCAACAAGAAUGGAACUGAACAGCUAUUGUUGAAGGUAGGAUACGAAGCGAUUGCAGGAGAAAUAGCGGUCAUGUUUAAUAUCCCCCAACCUUUCACAGUGAGAUGUAGGAGGCUUUCCCAAGUCAUCCGAAUUAGCCAUGAUCAUUUCAAGCAAAUAAUGCAACCAUACAGUGAUGACGGGAAAGCAAUUAUCACCAACUUCAAUCAGUACUUGAAGGGCUUAAAAAAGAGGGUGCGAGACGAAAUUCCUUGCCUGACAGAAUUGUUGAGCGGCCUUCAUGUUGAGCAGGUAACACUAGAACAAGAUGUAUAUCAUGAAGGUUCAAAUUAUCAUGAAGAUAAGCCAUAUAAACAAGGAAAGAGAGGAAAUUCUAAUCCAUCGCCAAGCCUCCCACUUAGAGUGAAAAUCCAUGGACAUCAUCCUAAAGAGAACAAAAUGGAAAAUCAAACCCCCCAAAAGCUCAUACUUCUCCCAGAUACAAUGGAAGAACUAUUCAUAUUAGCAGAGAAGAAGUUUGGGAAAAGAGGAGGCAAGGUUCUUAUGGCUGAUGGCUCAGAAGUAGAAAAAUUAAGCGUCUUAAGGGAGAAUGAUGAGUUGUAUAUCUUCUAA